GAAACCUAAUCAAUGAAGGUGUGUUUCCGUAAAUUGUCAGCAAAUUUUUAAUAAUUUCCGAUUAUUUGUGCAUUAUCAACAGACUUAAACAGCAGUGACUAAACAUCUGUAAAAUGUAAAUUGUUACAGUAAGCUCCCACGUUAUUACGAUGGCAUAACAUCGAGAACUUCACCAGUUCUUUUUUAAAUUGUGUCGCAAAAAAAUAAAGUGUCAACAACAUGAGUUCCAGCGGUCAGUCCAAGCUUAAAAAGAAACAUUUUCGAGUGAAACACCAGAAAGUUAAGUUGUUCAGAGCCAACGAACCGUUCCUGAGUGUUUUUAUGUGGGGUAUCAACCAUACAAUUAAUGAACUAAUGCAUGUUACAAUUCCGGUGAUGCUUCUGCCAGACGAUUUCAGAGCGUAUUCUAAAAUAAAGAUUGACAACCACCUAUUCAAUAAGGAGAAUCUACCGUCACACUUCAAAGUAAAAGAAUACUGCCCUAUGGUAUUUCGGAAUAUCCGAGAAAGGUUUGGCAUAGAUGAUCUGGAUUAUAAAGAAUCACUAACAAGGUCCCAACCACUGCCCGACGAUUCAGCUGGCAAAAGUGGGGCAAAAUUCUACCAAAGCUACGACAAAAUUUUUAUUAUAAAAACUCUUACAUCGGAAGAAGUGGAACGAAUGCACAGCUUCCUAAAGCAUUAUCACCCGUAUAUCGUUGAAAGACAUGGCAAAACAUUGUUGCCACAGUAUCUAGGCAUGUACAGGCUGACGGUUGACAACGGGGAACACUACAUUGUUGUCAUGCGUAACGUUUUUUCCAAUCACUUAGGGAUUCACAGAAAAUUCGAUUUGAAAGGCUCCACUGUCGACAGAGAAGCUUCAGAAAAAGAAAGAGAGAAAGACUUACCCACAUUGAAAGACAAUGAUUUUGUUAAUGAGCAAAUGAAGGUCUAUAUAGGGGAAGAGGCCAGGUCUAAACUGAUGGAAACAUUGACAGCCGAUGUCGAUUUCCUAACCAGAUUACAUCUGAUGGACUACAGUCUGUUGCUUGGUAUCCACGAAGUAGAGCGAGGUGAGCAAGAACUGCAAAGGCAACGCGAACUUGAAGCGGAGAAUCCACAGGAUUCAGACGAGAGUGAAUCCGGAUCCGGCUUGGAGAACAGAGGUCAGAUCGGAUUCAAUACCCCUCCGGAUUCGCCCAACGCCUUGCCUCAAUAUUUGAGGGAACAGAGCAGCCUACAGUAUGAAGGUAAAUUUAGCAAAAUUUACCAGUACAUAAGUACGGUCUCAG